AUGUCAUCUACAAGUGCAUACUCAUUACAAUUACCUUAUUUAGGUUCUAUACCUCUAGGCAAAUCCCCACCGAGCUUAGCAUCAUUUCAAAAACCUUUACGAGAACUAUAUAUACCCUACUAUCGUCAACGACGUGAACGAUAUCAUGAUGAACGACGGAUUAUCAUCUCAGAUCGUGAUAUGUUAAUAUUCGAACCGGAUGCCGCGUCUAAAGGCAAACGUUCACUAAUUUAUGCAACGUUAGAAUCGAUUGUUGAUAUUCAAGCACUUGAAUUAUAUGUUAUGUUUAAUUAUGCUGAAAAUCAUCAUCAUAAACGGAUACGAGCAGCGUUUCUACCCAUUGGUUGCGAACAACAGGAACGGUUCCGUUCACUUUAUUCGACGAUUGAUAAAUCUCAAUAUCAUCUUCUAUCAACUCCAGCGUCUUCCUCUAUUUCGUCAUCGUGUCAUCCACCACUUGUAUUAUUUGCCAUAAGAAAAACAGGUGUUGGUGGUACAUGUUCGCUAAUUGAUUGUCAUGUGUUUGCCGUCCGUCGUGAAUCGGUAGCUUUCGAUUUGUGCGAUAUGAUGCGGAAAUUAGUGAUAAAACGGACAAUGAGUCCGGUUUUACCAUCGUCAACCGUUGCGCCGUCAACGAAUGGAACAACUUUGUUGACAGUUCAUGAUAAUGGCAAAGAAACAACGAUUGAACGACGAACCAAAUAUCUCGAUCGCGAUCGACCGGUUUCCGCCAUGGAGCAUCGACAAGCAGAAAUCCAAACAGGAACAGAUAAAAAGAAUAAUCAUUCAUCAUCAAAUAUGCACUUGAAUGAUAUUUUCCAUACAACAGCCAAUGGUCUUACGAACCCAUUAACAUCAUCCAUGUUUAUUUUAACCAAUAAUCAUCAAUCGAAUGCUUCACACGAUCCAACUCAAGUAUUAAAUAAUGAUAAAGAUCAUCACCGGCUAUCUUCGUCAAGUUCAACACCAAUUCGGACUCUUACAACUAAGCCACAAGUACAACAGCAACGUCAUUUUAUAAAAGCGUCUUCUUCAACAUCAUCACUCGUUGUUGAUGAGUCAGACGAAGUUGUCAAUGAUUUAAUGAAUAUCGUUGUAGCAGAAAAACUCAAAACGGUCGACACCAAUACUUCUCAAAUUCCUGUCAAGCGCCAUGCCUCCUUCGAUCAACCAUCGUUGACAAACGGCCACAAUGAUCAUACGAUGAAUAAAAAACGCUAUCAAUUCCAUCAUAAUAACAAUAAGAAACGAUCACUACUAAUCAAUUCCAAUCCAUUACCAACGAUAGUAUCAGCAAACAAUACGCCUGUUAUUUCACGAACAACGACCAAUAUUGAACAACAGUCACAACCAACAUCAGUUGUACUCGCAAGUCAUCUACUAAGACCACAGAUUGUUCUGAACCGUUAUGGUGAUAUUGGCAAUUACGUUCCGAAACUACUUCGUGAAAAUGCUUCUACAACACAAGCAGCUAUGCGUUCAUCGGACAGUAAUGAAAAUAUUUUCUUCCGAGCGACUAAUGGACAUUUGUUGAAUGGAUUUCUAAAUCUGGACUUUUCAUCAACGACAGCAGCAACGAUGAACGGAAAUCGUAAUGGCAAUAAUAACUUUGCACAGUAUCGUUCAACGCCCUGUCUAACCGAAGAUCAUCACGAGCAAAAUGUUCUCUCACUUGUGAAACAGUUACGAAAAAAUCAUACCAAAUCUCUCAUCAAUGAAUCAGAGUGCUCUGUAGCCAAUCAGAUCUUUCACAUAGAACACAUGGACGAUGAUCAUCGUGUUCCAACGUGUCAAAUCCCUCGUGUGGUCUAUCAGGGUCAGUCAAUUAAUAAACCCGUUCCAGCGGCCAUGGGCGGUAUAAAAGUACUUCCACUUAGCCCAGUCACAUCUUAUCCAACGCAACGUCUAUUAAAAUCUUCUUGUUCUUCGUCAUCAGUUAAACCCAGACGUGUUGCUUCAUUUACUAUUGCUGAUACCGAGUUACCGAUUGAUUAUAGACAAUAUCUGCGUCACACGGAUCAAGCUGUCUAUCUCUAUGGUGACGAGAAACAGCGUCAACAGCAACAACAACAACAACAACAACAACGUUUAAUAACGUUGGAACACUCGUUAGGAUAUUUUCCGUAA